AUGGUUGUACACCGUUGUGCAGACCCGGAUAGCCUUGGUGGUACCAAGCUCAUCAGAAAAGUGGAUAUCCAUGUAGGUAGUUUAGUAAGUUCUAUCAAUCGAGUGGAGGCGAGGCCACCCCCAGGUUCGAGAUAUCCAAAACGCCGGCAUGUGAAUGUGUGCGGAGCCCUGGAUGGAAGCAUCAGUUAUAUACAGCCUAUCGAUGAAAAACUAUACCGAAGGCUGAACAUGAUACAGACACGGCUCACAUCACAGCUCAACCACAAUCUGGGCCUGAACCCCAAGGCAUUCCGCUUAAUCAAACAAGAAAACUCGGUGAAGCUGUCGAACGCGGCUAAGAAUGUGUUAGACGGAGAGUUGUUGAGCAAGUUCUCGUCGUUGUCGUUGAGUAUGCGAAAAGAGUUGGCCAAACAGAUUGGGAGUGACCACAUACAGAUCCUGCAGAGUUUGCAGGAGGUGGACCAUGCAACAACCGUGCUGUAGCGUACACUCGUCGUUUAACGUAUUAAACGCUCGUGCAAGUACUUUCCCGUAUGUGGAUUGAGGUUUGUUAUCCCAUCCCUGAAAUCCGGAUUGGAAAUCAUUAUGCUGCCAGUGAAUAUGACGCAGGCCCCGAAAUGUACAUACUACAAAACUAGUCUAUUUAUAACCGUUUGUAUCAGUCAAGAGUCUCCUUUGUCGCGGUUGCGGUAAGGAUCUGGACUGUCGGAUGUCGAUUCAAUUCAGACUACUUCUAUACACUGAAGAAAACAAUGAUAGUACUCUAACAACGAUAGUACUCCACUUUGUAUAAUUGGGUCUGAUUGCUGUUAAAUAGCCUUGAACGUAUAUUGUUUCUUCACAAACAUACGGAGGUAUACGGUAUAUCAGUGUUGUAGAACCUUGACUGACAGAAUAUCCUGGUAGGGAAAAGAGACUUAGAGUCACAGCAGCCCGAACAGGGGUGAAAAAAUAAAAUCUCGGGAACAAUAUCA